GGUUUAGUCGAUAAUUCGAGAUGUUUCGUAGAAACGUGCGUGUAGCAACAAGCUUCGUUAUAAACGAGCAACAGAAAACGAAUUACUGUGGCCUUUUUUUUUAGAAAGCGGACAGUCAAUUUACGGACAUUCAGGAAAUGACGAAAAAAGAAGAGCAAUUCGAUGGAAUGUUGGCGUUGGCGCAACAACACGAAGGCGGUGUGAAAGACUUACUAGAUACCUUCUUCAGUUUCCUGGCGAGAAAAACAGAUUUUUAUACCGGAGGCGGUGAAGGAGCAGCUGAACAACUUGUUAUGAGCAAAUUUAAGAAGCAUGAAGCUAAUGCGUUAGCCAAAGCUGCUUCUGAUAAAGCGGAAAGAAUUGAACAAGAAAAACGACGUAAAGAGAAACUCGAGAAGAAAAGAAAAGAAGAGCAAGCUGAAGAAGAAAAGCUAAAUAAUGAUUCUAGAAUAGUCGAAUUAACGGAUGAACAAGCUGUUAAGUUACAAGAGGAAAUAGAUAAUAAGAAAUUAGCAAAGGACAUUGCUGAUGCGGGUCCUAGUGGUGAUCAUAGUGAACAUUCUAAAAAUAUCGAGGACAAGAAUGAUGAUUCCAAGGACGACAAUGCGGAUGAGGAAGAAGAAGAUGAAAAAGAAAAAAAUAAGCUGAAACCUAACAGCGGUAAUGGCGCAGACAUGCCGAAUUAUAGAUGGACACAAACUCUUGGAGAAGUAGAAAUUAGAGUGCCGUUAAAGGUAAAUUUCUCCGCUAGACCGAGGGACGUGGUUGUGACGAUCACAAAAAAGUACCUAAGCUGCGGACUGAAGGGUCAUCCGCCAAUUCUUGUCGGGGAUUUGCCGCACGAGGUCAAACUCGAGGAAUCUACUUGGGUAAUCGAGGACGGGAAAGUGUUGCUGAUUAAUCUGGAAAAGGUGAAUAAGAUGCAGUGGUGGGCUCACGUAAUAACGAGCGAACCGGAAAUUAGCACAAAGAAAGUAAAUCCCGAACCUAGUAAACUUUCUGACCUCGAUGGAGAGACAAGAGGCCUCGUAGAGAAGAUGAUGUACGAUCAGAGACAGAAGGAGUUAGGACUUCCAACAUCCGAUGAACAAAAGAAACAAGAUGUUAUCAAAAAGUUUAUGCAACAACAUCCCGAGAUGGAUUUUUCUAAAUGUAAAUUUAAUUAAUUUAAUUGGUUGAAUUAUAUUGAAACGCUUAAUAAUACUCUAAGAUUAUACAUUGGUACUACUAAGAUUGUAUUUUGCUUUUUAUUAUCACAAUGUAAUGUGCGAUUCUCUGCGUUCAUGGCUCUGUGUAUGUUUAAGAGAAUAUGCGAUUGUACACAUGUUUUAGUUGCAGAAGAUGGCACCACUAUGUUAAACUACGUAAAGAUACAGAAUUCUACUAUCGAUUGAAAUGUUCUUUGAUUAUUUUUUUAUUUUCUGCGCCGUUUUUUUUUGUAUUUUACUUAUCUAUAGCUUCCAAGAAAACACGGAAAUGCAUUGCACACUCAGAAUAUAAGUAAUUUUUAUAUUACAUUUCUCAUCUACCGACUUCGUCGAAUAGAAAGAAAAUGGAUUAGAAUUGUACACGAUGUAAGAAAUAAAUAUUAUGUAAACGUUU